AUGGCCUCGUACAAGGUUGAGCAGCUACCGUCACCUCUGUCCGUGCUUGGCGAAGGUCCUCACUGGGAUGUGGAGCGGCAGAGUCUGUACUACAACGACAUCUAUGGUGGCUCGAUCCAUCGUUACGAUUACGCGGAGAACAAGACCUACAACGCGACUGUCGAUGGUUUCCCGGUGAUUUCGUUCAUCGUACCCGUCAAGGACAACGAGCGACAGUUCAUCAUCGGAACCGGCCGCCAGGUGACGCUUGUUGACUGGGAUGGUCGUUCGGAGAAGGCGACUUUUGUGCGUACGGUGGGUGAGGUCGAACCUGAUCUGGAGGACAAUCGCUUCAAUGACGCGAAGGUAGACAGCAAGGGUCGAUUCUACGGUGGAACUAUGCGACUUGAGGCUAAGGGUGACAUCUUUGAGAUGCGCCUCGGAACGUUCUACCGAUACGAUGCAAAGCGGGGUGAAUUCGUCACCCUCAAGAAGCAGAUCGGUGUUUCGAACGGACUGUGCUGGAAUGAUGAGGAGAACCUGUUCUAUUACAUCGAUUCCUGUGACCUGGACGUGAAGGAGUACCGGGUGGACGAGAACGGCGAUCUUUCAAACGAGCGCGUCGUGAUCGACUUCCGGGUUGACGGCGAGAGGCCUCCGUUUGUGCCGGAUGGCAUGACCAUCGAUGCGAAUGGUUCGCUGUACGUCGCCACCUUCGGUGGGUCUACCGUGUACAAGGUGAACUCGAGAACCGGCAAGGUCGAGUUGGAGAUCAAGCUGCCAUGUGAGCAGGUCACUUCGGCAGCCUUUGGAGGGCCCAAUCUGGACAUUCUGUACGUGACGACGGCGGCCAAGGAGUUCAAAUCGCCUCAACCAGCCCCGGCUGGUGCACUCUUCGCUGUGACCGGUCUGGGCGUUAAAGGAACACCCAUGUACCCGGUCGACCUGAGCUGA